GAUACGUCAUGAGGUAGUACGAUGAACGCACGCGCGAAAUGUAGUCUAUUAUUGUGAAAUAUUUUUAGAUAUUAUACAAUACUCAAACGAAGUUUUAGGUUUUGUAUUAAUUAGACGUGCUGCAUAAUGUUAUUAUUAUUUCAAGAUCGAUCGGUAGUGAACGUGCGUUCGAAAACCUGAUGUUUGUGCGUAAAAUUAGGUUAUUUAUAACUUUGUUGUUGUGUUAGGUUAUUUCACAUCGCGUAAUCUUCUGUUAAAUGAAGGGUGAACCAGGAAGCUAGCACUAAGCCUACUCUUCUUAUCUGUAGAUAAAGCAGACGUCUAAUAUAAUUAUUCGCAUAUCCUAAACUGCUAGUAUAAAAGUGGACUUUGAUCAAAAUAUCUAUUCGCCUGAUUUUUAGACCAUGGCGAGACGUUUAUUUUCUCAGUGGAUUUUAAAUAAUAACCAAACAGUAUUAAAACCUAAAAUAAGUAGUUUGGCGAACUUCUCAAGUAAAAAGCUGCAUACAGUUCAAGGGAUACCGGUCAAAGAAGUUCAAAUUCCAGUACAAUGGGGUCAUGUGGCGGGCAAACUGUGGGGCACUGGCAGCGACCGGCCUAUUCUAGCCGUACACGGGUGGCAAGACAACGCAGGCACCUGGGAUCCGCUCAUUCCACUUCUGUAUAAAGAAAUGAACAACAAUCGGCCCAUAUUGGCCAUAGACUUCCCCGGUCACGGACUUUCGUCGUGGCUUCCGCCAGGAAUGAAUUACUACUCGUGGGAACUGCCCCGAUUUAUACACUACCUGAAAGAAUACUUUAAAUGGGAUAAAGUAUCAAUACUGGGCCACUCCAUGGGAUCCAUUGCUGGUUUUCGGUACGCCACCGUGUUUCCUGAUGACGUCGACUUCUACAUUGCAGUUGAUAUUCUCAUUUACGAUGAUUACGAUAUACAUUUUGUCGUAGACAAAUAUUCAGCGGUGUUUAAGAAGGCUUUAAUGACACAAAAACGACUAGAUAUAGAGCCACCAAGUUAUACACGCGAAGAAAUGAUUAAGAAAUGGCAUAUGGGUACUCUUAAAUCCGUUGCAUUGGAAAGUGUGCCAUAUUUGUUAGAACGUGGCACGAGACCAUCAAAACAAGACCCCAACAAAUUUUAUUUCUCGAGAGAUUCGAGAUUAAAGUUUACUUUAUUUAAUCCCGAAGACAAAAAGUUUGUUGAAGCCCUGAUAUUGAGAUUGAAAUGCCCUACUUUGUACAUCAAAGCGGUGGACUCGCCCUUCGCCGUAGACGAAUUUGCCGUAUCUAUGGCUGAUAUGAUUGCUAAAAAUAACGAAAAGUAUGAAAUACAAUAUUUGCCAGGUACCCACCAUAUACACCUAAAUACCCCAGAACUAGUUCUACCGGUUAUUAUGCAAUUCUUGCGAAAAUAUAACUUUGUAUAAUACUCGUAGUUACAAAGCAAACACUGUACAUAUUUAUUUUUUUGUGUUCAAAGGAGAAAGAAUUAAAUACAUACAUAAACUCACGCCCGUAAUCCCAAAUGGGGUGGGCAGAGCCACAAGUAAUCAAAGACAACUUGCAGCCACUGUUGAUACGAAGUCCUAAGAUGGAUAUGAUGAACCUUAUGGUGAUAAGGGAUCUGCCUAUCGCCCAUAACAUCAGUCCAUCAUGUUAGAGAAUUAAAUACUUCUACAGUAUAACUGUAGAAGCUUUAAUAGGCUGCCUACUUAAGAAGUAGGUGUCGUAAUUAAACUUAAGUUAUUUAUUACAUAAUUUACCAAAGUUUUAAUGAGGGACAUCCCAGGCUACAUUUCCCAAAACAAUAUAGAUGGCGUUGUGAAGAUUUAACACAUAAUUAUUCAAAUACAUAUUAUAUAGCAGAGGGAUUUAUAAAAAUAUUUGUUGCUUGAUAUUUAGAUCAGAAAUGGCAUAGAAUUAUGUUGUCAGAAUAAUAAUGGAUGGGGCAUUUUUGUGCCGGGAUGUAUUAACAAGGGUCAUCAUUUAUACCCAAAAACAAAAUAGAUGCAUAUGUCUGUUUUGUAUGAAAUUAGAUGGUUAAACGAAGGCAACUCUGAACAUACAUAACAUACAUACAUAAAUAGCCUAUAUACGUCCCACUGCUGGGCACAGGCCUCUCAAUCAACUGGAGAGGGUAUGUAACUCUAAACAGUGCCAUCUAUAUAUUUUUUGGGGAAUGCAGCCUGGAAAUUCCCUCAUGGUUUGUCACAAUAAAUGAUAAAUAAACCUUGCUUAGAAAUAUCAAACCUAUGAGAAAAUAAAAUACACUUAAUUUGUUAUUGCUUUUACAUAAUAUUACAUACUGGAAGCAGGGGUAGAAAUCACAAAGAUGAUGUUAUACAAAUUGUAAAACCAAGUUAACAGAGAAUGUUGUGAUUUUAUGAAAUAUUUGUUUAAAAUAAUUUCAUAUGAUAUGUAUUUUAAAUAGUGGUGAAAGUUCUGUAGUUAAGCUGAAGUUGUGCACCAACCAUUCUUUACUAUUCAUAGUAUUUAUCUGCCAUAAACAACAACUUAUUGGGAUUUGGAUUAAAAUGGAUAUUUAUUACACUUAAAUAGUCAUGUUUACUGCAAAAUAAAGCAAAUUGUUGAUGUAUGUCGACAAAUAAAAGAUAGAAAUAUA